AUUGAUGUACAGGGUUGAGGCGAUGUCGCGUUUGCUUUUGGACUCUCGUUCACAAUUCAAAGACCCUGCACCUACCACUAUUCCCACCUCGUUAGGAUUUCAGGCUCGUCGGACUAGGAGAAGUAAGCACUGAGUGACGCAAGAUUUGGUGUCAUCACUUUUCGCUGUCUCUGCGUCGUCCGAUCAGUGCCCCUGCAUCUCCCUUGUAUCUGCUUCGCACGAAAGCCUAUGAGCUCCAGCAAACGCCUCCAUACUUUUCUUCGUAUGGCAAUUGAUUCCGGAUUGUUACCCCUGUCUAGUGUGCAGUCCUGACUAACGCGAUGAGUUUGUUGACGUCUUCCGAUAAGUUCCACUCGCACAGGGCCUCGCAAGUGAACAGUGUUUGCGGUAAAAGUAUUGAUGGGCCAGGUUGCCUAGUAGUUACUAAGUUAGCCAACAACGUUGGCAAUAUCACAGCCAUUAAUGGCUCGUGUGUGUUGAUCAGGUAAUUACCUCAUUGCUAAACCCAUCACUGUUUCCGUUGCCAGUUUUGGCCGGCCAAGUUGUCUAAGAAACCGCACAAGUGAUGAAAUUUCGGCAAUCGAACCACGUGCGGCCACCUCUGAUGAAUGCACAGCUGCCAAUUUCUACAGGCAUGUGGUGGCAUAGCAACUGCGUCCUGCAAAUACUGUAACACCCGUAUAGCUCACAAAACUUAUAUGCUUCUAUCUCUGAGAAUGGAUUCGAGUGUCAAUCUGAACUGACAGGCGAAUAUACCUCUUGUCCCAUAGAUCGCAUCUCCUUCUUUCCCACAGAGAUCGAGUUAAUGGGACAUUAAAAGAACAUUAAACUUAAAGAAUAUCGCACGGAUAAAACAGAUGUCGACUGCCUACGAAGGCUCCAUACAAGGGGCUUCAAAAUCUGACCGUGACCUAGAUCACCUCCGACCUAUCGGCACACAUUUCUGGACUGUAUGGUUUACCUAAGAUUCAUAGGGACGGUUUGCCAGUUCCUCCGAUUCUGGACAUACUGGACUCUCGGUAUCAUGCGAUAGCGAAAUAGUUACCAGAGAGAUUCAAGCCCGUAUAACGACAGUCAGCACCACGCAGCUAUCAGAACACCUUCGAAUUCAUUGACAACAUCGAAGGUCGUGGUCUUAACGGUUUGGUAAUGUUCUCACUAGAUGUCUCAUCACUUUUUACCAACGCCCCGGUCACCGAAACAGUUAGUGACAUCUGCGAAUUCCUAUAAAAUAACAGGAAAUAGGAUUUUGACGUACACCCCCAAGGAAUUAUUUCUAAGAUGCACAUUGAAUUUGCAGUUCCUUUUUGACAACCUAAUCCAUGGACAAAUAGACGUCGUUGCCCUGGGUUCGCCUCUUGGACCCCUCUUGGCAGACGUCUUCAUGGAUAAGCUGGAGAAAUUUCAACUAAACGAUCAGAUCAGCAAGCCUACGCCUUACGAUCGCUUCUUCGAUGACAUCUUUGCACUUGUUACUGUAGAAAUCGACGUAGCUUUUCGGCAAUCGAACCACGUGCGGCCACCUCUGAUGAAUGCACAGCUGCCAAUUUCUACAGGCAUGUGGUGGCAUAGCAACUGCGUCCUGCAAAUACUGUAACACCCGUAUAGCCCGUGAAUCGGGCACAUUCAUAGACCAGGUUUACAUGAGAAACGAAAGUGGCUGGUACGUAUCCUUUUCAAACAGGAGACCUGACGGUAGCGUCCGAAGGAGCUUCUAUCUGAAGAAAGCCUGGUCUGGACCAUACACGAAUUUCGGCAGUUUGGUACCCCUUAAACAAAAGAAAAAUCUUGUCCGGUGUUUGGUGCAGAGGUCUAGAAAAAUCGGCUCGACAGACAGCAUCGAGGAGGAACUUAGCAAAAUCCAGGAUUUGAUUCACAAAAACGGGUCUCCUGACAGGUUUAUUGUGAAGAGUUUUGUCGAGCGACCGGAAAAACCCACCACACUGACUGCUGAUAUUAAAACUGCGUUCCUCAAAGUCUUUUUUCAUGGAGACGCUCUGGUCAAGCAGUCUCACGAAAUUUCCCAGCAAAAAGGAUUCGAAUAUUAUUCUCCACUGGCUCUCUUACGCAGAGAUGGCAAGGAUAAGUUGCCAUCUCAGACUCUUGCCGUCCACACCCGGCCUGUGCUCUUUUACUAACUUUGGUCAACUUUCCUAAUCACUGCCAUGUUUGGUUUGAUGCCGUCCCCAUAUAAAUGCACGGGUCUGACGAAAACCUAUCGAAAGCAAAUUAAUGCUAGCCAUCUAGUCUUCCGAGUACUGUUCGAAUGCCUUCUAGUUCUGAGGUAGGUCCCCUUUCGCUUUCCAUGUUUAAGGUAUGAAAUAUCUCAGAGUUUUUUUCCUUAUUUCAGGUUUGUUAUCACGCAAUAAACUGGACGCAUUCGAUGUUGACGCAAGACUAGCAGCACUAAGGCCGCCAAUCUGUUCUUUGGACCACGAGGAUUCAGAAGGUCCGUGUUUUUUUAAGGAAAUAUUCUUCGAAGUAUUCGUCUGGGGGCUUGAUGCGUCUGACAACACACUUACUUUUACACGAUUAUAAAUAGACUAGGGAAACACCACGCCCUUCGGCCUUUCGUUUUUUAUUAUUCCAUUUACUCAUUGACGUGAUUUUUAUGUGACCGAAAAUUAAGCCGUAUUUGGGGCUCUGAAGCCUACCCGAGAUUCCUCAUAGGACCCAGCAAUUUUGCGAUCUCCCAGUGUGAGAUUGUCGCGUUACUUUUUAAUCCGGCAACUCUUUUACACCUUUCAGUUUCUCCCUUCCAACGUCUGGUGUAUACAACCUUGGUACAGUGUUGUGGGCUAGGCAAGCAAAUUUCCUACGGACGGCUUGCUCAGGCGAUGGAGAAUGCCGUCUGCGAUGGGCGGCCACCAAGAAGAGUUGCUCCAGUCGCUGUGGGCAGCGCUCUCAGGAGAAAUGAAGUAAUGCUGUUGGUUCCCUGUCAUCGAGUGGUGCCAGUGUUCGCAAAAAAGGCCAGCAAUUCGACCUCUCUUACUGGCACGGGUGCCUAUGGUGGUGUUCCUGACUGUCCAAUCAAAAACUGGCUUCUCCGACGUGAGAGCUACGUGUUUGCUGAUCGAUAA